GCCCGCCUUCCACCCCCUUCAUCUCGCUCCCGAAUGUGCUGGGCCCUGCUGGUUCUUCCGGGCAGUAGAAACUUCUGGAGCUUAAAGAGCUGAUCAGAGAAGACGGAUCCUGAAGAGAGAGGAUCAUGACGCUGGUGUGCUACAACAAAGGCUGCGGGGAGAAGUUCAGCGAUGACCAGAACAGAGAAGAUUCCUGCGUCUUCCAUCCAGGAUUUCCAAUCUUCCAUGAUGCCUUAAAGGGCUGGUCGUGUUGCAAGAAGAGGACCACGGAUUUCUCAGAGUUCCUCUCCAUCAAGGGCUGCACGCGUGGUCGCCAUAGCAACGAGAAGCCCAAGGAGCCUAUGCUGCCUGAGGUGACGUCGCAGAAAGGAGACAUCAAACCUACGAACGGACACGAGAUCAUCUACCAGGGACCCAAAUCUGCCGAGAAGCUGCAGAAAGAGAGACCCAGCCGCGACGUGCCGAAGACCAAACUGCCUCACAAAGUUUCUGCAUCUCUGGCUCAGGCUCUGGCUAAGCUGGACCUCAACAUCAAGGCCCAGAUCCAGGCCAAAGAGAGCCAAACUGUGAUUCAGGGGACAAGAUGCAAGAACUCAGGGUGUAAAACAACUUACCAAGGCCCAGAAACAGAUCUCGAGGUUUGCACCCAUCACCCUGGAGGUCCUGUUUUCCACGAGGGCUACAAAUACUGGAGCUGCUGCUGCAUCAAGACCAUCGACUUCAAUGCUUUCCUGGACCAGAAGGGCUGCACGGCAGGGAAACACCGCUGGAUCCCCAAACAGGACAAGAAGAAGGUGGCGUGUCGACACGACUGGCAUCAGACUGGAAACAACGUUUACGUCACAAUCUACGCCAAAAACGCCUCGCCGGAGUUCAGCAGCAUCGAGGCCAACGGCACGGUGCUCUCCUGUCAGAUCCAGUUUGAGAACGAUAAGAUCUUCAAGAAGGAGUACCACCUCUGGGGGGUGAUCGACGUCCAGCAGAGCUCGGUCAACAUGGUCCCCACCAAAGUGGAGGUCUGCCUCCGCAAGGCCGACCUGGUGUCCUGGGGCAAACUGGAGGAUCCAAACUACAAAGCAGAGCUGGAGCCGGUGGAGGACACUCAGGCCGACAGCGUUGGCAGGCAGCAGAACCCUGACUGGGACAUAGCUGACGACGACAUCAGCGACUCAGACGAAGAGUGGGCUUAUGACACACCUGAGAACAAGGCUCAGCUGAAGAGCAGAAAGCAGAAGAAGGAAGAGGAGGAGAAAGAGGAGAACAAGAGGAGGAAGGAGGUGGAGGAGGAGAUGAAGAGAGCGAUGGAGGCGAAGAGGAGGGCGGAGGAGGAGAGGGAGGCGCUCAAGCGGCAGGAGGAAGAGGAAGGGUUUGAAGACAUGCCUGACCUGGAGUAGCUCACCAUCACCUCCGUGUAAGGUUCUCAUUCGGGUACAGUGCAGCAGAAGAGCGACGGGAUCACGCCUUGUUUUAUGAGGAAAAGCGUCAAUAAAGACAUUUUUCUAUGUGACUGUUAGUCUUCUCAAUAAUUCAGCUUCACGUUAACUGAGACGUGAAAGAUUGAUGAGGAUUCUCGCGUCACCUUUUCUCUUGCAAUACCCACUCUAACUGUAGGGGGAGACAUUACGCUGCGU